GGGGAAGAGUUAGAGUGAGGAAGUGAUCAAUGAUCUAGAGAAGAGGGAGAGAUGCGUGGUGUAGCAGUUUCCUGCCGUUAAGUGGUUGUGUUAUUUUCUUUCUAACGUCCACAGCCUGCUACACAAGAGGCCACCCCGCUGAGCAAAGAACAAUGCAGGCUAUCAAAUGUGUUGUCGUGGGAGAUGGAGCUGUUGGGAAAACAUGUCUUCUCAUCAGUUACACAACCAACGCUUUCCCUGGAGAAUACAUCCCUACUGUCUUUGACAACUACUCUGCCAAUGUGAUGGUGGACAGUAAGCCUGUUAACCUGGGGCUGUGGGAUACAGCAGGACAGGAAGACUAUGACAGACUCAGGCCUCUGUCGUACCCUCAGACGGACGUGUUCCUCAUCUGUUUCUCACUGGUGAGCCCGGCCUCGUAUGAGAACGUCAGAGCUAAGUGGUACCCGGAGGUACGUCACCACUGCCCCUCCACCCCCAUCAUCCUAGUGGGCACCAAGCUGGAUCUUAGGGACGAGAAGGAGACCAUCGAGAAGCUCAAGGAGAAGAAACUGGCCCCCAUCACCUACCCACAAGGCCUAGCGCUGGCCAAGGAGAUAGGUAGAUCACCUGAAGUACCUGGAGUGCUCCGCCCUGACCCAGCGCGGCCUGAAGACGGUGUUUGACGAGGCCAUCAGGGCUGUACUCUGCCCCCAGCCCACCAAGGUUAAGAAGAAGGGAUGCCUUCUGCUCUAACUGGUCUGAGAUGAGUGGGGAGGUCUGUGUUAAACAGGGAACUAUAGAUGGCUAUCUAUGUUCUAUCUUUCUUACAAUAUUUUCUUGUUUUUCUAGAUGCAGCUAUAGAUCAAAAUGCUACCUUAAAGAUGCAGCCUGCGAUCUUGGCCUCUAGUUCUCAAAGUGGCACUGUCAAGCCAAAAUGGUGUGUCUUUUUAUGUGCUGAGUUGUGCCACAUCAUAAAAACGACUUGCUUUAUAAUGUGGAAUUUCAUGGCUGACUGAGAUAUGAUAGUGAUUCCGCUUUGAGAUUAUGCACAUAUUAACAACAUAUUACACAUCCGGCACAUUGGAGUUUUAACAAAAGAUUUCCUUACUUGCCAAAGGUCCAGACUGCAUCUUUAAAUAUUUUUUUUAUUUUUACUCUGUGUAAAUUAAUUUUAAAAGGCGAUAAUGUCAAAUACUAUAAAGUCAGUAAUGUGAAAUAUAUCAAUAUUUCAAUAUAAAAUAAUAGUUUCAGUGGGGUUUUUUGUGCUGGAAUGUAGUGAAUGAUAUUGGUGUUUUUGUUAAAGGAAAUAAUGUGUAAUUUUUCGAUACCUUUUUACCAAUUGUCCUUGCUCUCCUCAGACAAUAGUAGACAAAAUAGUAAAUGCGUGCCAAAUGGCAUCAUGUUCCCUAUGUAGUGCAUUACUUUUGAUCUGUGCCCCAUGGAAACACUAGUACACUAAAUAGGAAAUGAUGUGCCGUUUAGGAAACACAAAGGUUUUUGGUUAACAUUAACACUCAAUAAUCAAAAACA